AUGCCAUCCCUGAUCGACGGCCCGGUCUCGCUGCGCUCACUGCUCCGUCCGGCCACCGAUGACCGCCGGACGAAGCACGGCGGCGGUGGCGGCGGCGGCGUCGUGGGGCUGUUAAAGAUGUUCAAGCUCGCACCGAUGCUCACCACCGGCAGCAAGAUGGCCGCGCUGCUCGGGCGGCACAGCUUCAACAAACCCCUCCUGGCCGACCACGCGCCAGCGGUGACGCUCUUCGGGCACCGGCGGGGGCGGCUGAGCCUCGCCAUCCACGAGGACACGCGCGCGCCGCCGGCGUUCCUCAUCGAGCUCCCCAUGCUGGCGGCCGCGCUGCACAAGGAGAUGGCCACGGGGACCGUGAAGCUGGCGCUGGAGAGCGACACGCGCAGCGCGCGGCGACGGCUGCUUGAGGAGUACGUGUGGGCCGUGUUCUGCAACGGGCGCAAGGCCGGGUACGCCAUCCGCCGGAAGGACGCCUCCGACGACGAGAGGCACGUCCUGCGCCUGCUUCGCGGCGUCUCCAUGGGCGCCGGGGUGCUGCCGCCGCCACCCGCCGAAAGGGAGGGCGCCACCCCGUCCAACGGCCCUGAUGGCGAGCUCACCUACAUGCGUGCCCGCGUCGAGCGCGUCGUCGGGUCCAAGGACUCCGAGGCGUUCUACAUGAUCAAUCCCGACGAUGGCAGCGACAACGGCGGCGAUAGUGCCGCGGAGCUGAGCAUUUUCCUAGUGAGGAAAAAGUGAAAGAUAAAAAAAAAAAGUAAGCGGUUACAGUAUCACGUACUACUGCUACAUAUACUGCUGCCUUGUGAAUACGCGCAUACGUACACACAUACUUAUGUUUUUGUGUGA